CCCAGGUCUUUGGCAACAUUGGCAUCGAGGAGGAGGAUGAUGAGUCGGCCAUCACCCAGCACAACAACUUCCGCACCUUCUUCCAGGCCCUCAUGCUCCUCUUCCGGAGCGCCACGGGGGAGGCCUGGCACGAGAUCAUGCUGUCCUGCCUCAGCGGCAAACCCUGCGACCAGAACUCGGGCAUCAAGGAGGACGAGUGCGGCAACGAAUUCGCCUACUUCUACUUCGUCUCCUUCAUCUUCCUCUGCUCCUUCCUG